GGGCAGAGGCGGCGCCCCGGCAGCCCCUUAGAGCGGCGAAAACUCUCACGAAGGAAGCAUCUUCUCUGCCCGGAAAGGAAAUCAGAAAUGUUCGCCAGAACCGCACUCUCCGCCCGCAAUGUCUGCAGAGCUAAGCCAAUGGGCCGCUCCAUGGGCUCUGUCGCAGAGUACAAGCCCCCCACCAUGAGUGAGCUGCCUGUCCCACAAGGAUCCUGGUCUGAGGCUCACUCCAAGAAGCAGCGCAUGUAUAAUCUUCAUCUCCUUGUUGGUGUCGCAUUCACUGCUGGCACAAUUGCUGCUGCAAAUAACUCUGGACUGAUUGAGUUUGGCUGGGGACCUAAGAUCGGCAAUUAAAUGCAGGCUUGAGAAAAAGAGUAAAAUGUACAUACACCAGGAGUUCAUUGAAUUUAACUCACAACAGCUGACUACAGGGAAGUGGAGACUGGUGCAAUGACUUUUUGUAAUGUUUCCAUUUGGUUGAUACCUCGAUUUCCUUUGAUGUAGAUAAUGUAAAACUGUAAAUGUGGUUGUAAGUUAUUAUACUUCCUUCGUGGUGAAUAAACUUCUGAUUUAAUUUUGA